AUGCGUCGCCGGCGCCAAGACUGCCGGAACAAUAUUAUCGCGUCGCCAUCUCAAGCCCUAAAACGAAUUGAUGUUGGAACGCUGUCAAUCUUACUAGGCCACGAAUUCCAUGAACCAGCCAAUUUUUCAAUAAAUUCCACGGUUGGCGCGGGGGUAUCGAUUUACGAUGCUUACAAAUAUGCCCAAUCAAAUAACGGCAUCGUUGUAGGAGGGAACUGUCCAACCGUUUUUCUUGCUGGUGGUUAUACUCAGGGAGGACACGGCCCCCUCGCAUCGAAAUAUGGACUCGCAGUCGACCAAGUGUUCGAGCGGGAGGUGGUUACUUCCGAUGGAUCGCCCCUCACGGCAUCUCCAAUGCAGAAUUCCGACCUAUACUGGGCCCUCAGUGGUAGCGGUGGUGGUGCAUAUGGUGUCGUGGUGUCUUUGACCGUCAAAGUGCACCCUCAGGAGGCUGCAGCUGCAGCAACAUUGUCCUUCGCAGUACCGAAUAUGACCACGGGCCUGGACGAUUUCGGGCAGCAGCCAAAACGUUUAUCGAGUCAUUGCCAGGCCUGGUUGACUCUGGAUUGCACGUCGGAUGGAUUCUUGGGCCGGGCGACAAGUUCCCUACUCAAGAAAGCCGAUAUUCCUUAUCAAUACAUCUCGCAGUCCUUCCCUACAUGGCUUCAGAGCUAUGAAGCAUUCAUCCUUCCCUCCGCCAAUGUCUCUAAUGCUAUCAUUGGCAGUCGAUUAAUCCCUCGCUCCGUCAUUGAGAGGCAAGUGGAAGACUUUAUUUCUGCCCUUCAGAUCAUUGCUUAG